AUGUCUUCUGCAAGCGUGAGACAACCAAAAGGACGAAGGCAAGAGUUCAAUUCUUUUCAGAACUCAAACUCAAAUCACACAAAUCGAAAUACGAAAAAAUGGAGUAAUAACGCUCAACAUCCUGCAGCAAAACAUAUGCACGAUCGAAUGUUAUGUUUAUUAGCAAAUUUUGUGGGUAUGAAUGUACAAGUCACAAUCAAAAGUGGUACAAAAUAUGAAGGUCUUUUUCACACAGCAUCCACUGAAGGAGAACUUGGUGUUGUGCUGAAACUUGCGCGUAAAGUCUUAACAAAAGCAGAAGAAAAAGCGGGAACACCUAAUAAAGUAAUAUCCACCUUUAUUAUAAUGGCUAAAGAUUGUAUGGCAAUUGAAGCAACAUGCGUGGACUUUUCAGCUUCAGAAAAAAAUCUUACAUCUGAACGUGACAGUUUUAGAACAGAUGCGGAUAUUAGCGGUGGGCGUAUUGAACCUCGAGAACGCGAAUUACACAAAUGGAAUCCAGAUGAACACGGUGGUGGGGAAGCCUUGGCUGGCCAGGAUAAUGCAAGUGCAGUGACUUGGGAUCAGUUUGCAGUGAACGAACAGUUAUUUGGAAUAAGAACGGAUUUUAAUGAAGAGUUUUAUACCACAAAGUUGGAUCGGACAAAACCCGAUUUCAAAGAGAAGGAAAGGCAAGCUAUUCAAAUUGCGAACGAGAUUACAAGGACAACCACUAAUAAUGUACAUAUGCUCGAAGAACGUGGUAUCUUGAUCGAAGAAAGUCACAUGGACGAAGAGGACAAGUAUGGUGCAGUUGUUAGGAAUCGAGAUCCUAGCAAGUACAUGCCACCUGCUCUUCGUAAAUUACAAGAACAACAAAACGCUGCAACUGUUAAAAAACCAGAACUACCAAAAGAACCGGCCAAAGAGGUCAAAUCGGUAGUAAAACCUAUACCGGAGACUCCGACAGUUUCCAAACAUGGUAUUGAUGCACACGGCAAACCUAUUGAAGCACAUGGUAAACCUAUUGAAGGCAAGUCACAAAUUAUGCACAACUUCAAAAAAUUUGCCAUAAAUGAGAAAGAGCGUCUACAACAAAGAAAGCAGGCAAUAUUUAGAAAAGAGUUUGACGGAAAAGUAGCUGAAUUAGCUAAAUGGGGUAAAACAUUUAAGUUGAGUUCUCCCUUGCCGUCUGAUUUAAUUCCAAUAUUGACGAAAGACGAAAGCAAGCAAUUGAAAAAGCCGGAAAUUAAAAUCGAAGAAGAAAAACACAACUCCAAUCCUGAACCUACAGACAUCAAAUUAUCAUCAUCAUCGCCGCCAGAUCAACCACCACCGGAAAAGCCUAUGUCCUUAAAUACAAACGACAAAGUUUCCCAAUCGUUAUCGGCUGGCAAGACACCCGCGACCACUCCAACCAAUUCGCAAUUCAAACUCAAUGUGCGAGCAUCAGAAUGGAGACCUAAUCCGAAUGCAGCGACUUUCACGCCGACUGCACCAACUUCAAGUGCUGGUGAUAAGAGGUCGCCAGGAUCCUCGCCAUUUUUCGGAAACAAGCAAUUAAAAAAGAGCCCAGUAUCAUUAAAAGACAGUUUUAGUCCAUUUCAAAAAGGAAAAUUGCCAAAUCCAAGUACAAUUCCACCAACUUGGCCAUUUGGUGCAAGACCGUUUAGACAUCAAUUCACGGUUACUAAUGCUUUUGAGGAUGAUAUUUAUAAUCAAGCUGCAAUGAGUCAAAGCUUUGGUUUUGCGUAUCCGGUUGCGGCUCCUCCGUUCAGGUAUCCCGCUGCUACCCAAUAUGUAAACGUUCCACCUAUUACGAUGCAACAAGCUGCCCCCAUGCCUUAUAUGCAACCCAGCUUUGUUCCUGGCAUGCCAUUCACAACGCCGCAAAUCCCUUCUGCUAAUGGUGCUCCUCCAAACAUGUAUAAUCCUCAAAUGUCAUCGGUUAUACCUCCACAGCAUUUUAGCCCACAAGGAUUCCCAUCCCCUGGACGUUCUCCGAUGGUUCCCGCUGGCAUGCAUCCACAAAUGUAUUAUCAGAAUCCUCAUGGUAUCCCAGUUCAUGUUCCACCGAAUGGAGUGAUGAUGGGCCAACGACCAAUGAUGAUGGAUCCACAUUAUGUUCAACAACCUGAAACUCCGAUGGGUAACAAUUAA